AUGGAUGUUGUCAUUCAGAUUGUCAAUAAAAUAAUGGCAAAAAGUUUAAAUCACCGUCAAUUCCGUUUGUUACUGGACGAGCUGGAAAGCGCAUAUUCUGAUCUCCUGCUGCACAACAAAGUCCGGUGGCUGUCCAAAGGGGAGGUGCUAAAACGCUUUGUCGCGUGUCUGGAAGAAGUGAAAACUUUUCUGGGCAGCAAAGGGCUCACCUUUCCUGAGCUGGAACAGCCAGAGUGGCUGGAAAAGCUACACUUCAUGGUAGACAUGACAGCGCACCUGAACACGCUGAACACAGUUCUUCAGGGGAAAGGACGCACAGCCCUGCACAUGUUGGAGGAUGUUUUGGCAUUCGAGCGCAAGUUGACAGUGCUUGCCAGAGAUUUACAGAAAGGAACUUUGUCUCACUUCCCCAAUUUGAGAGAGUUCAAACAAGGUCACGACAUGAUAAUUUCGGAGUAUUUACAUUCUGCAAUCAUCGCAAUGCAAACAUCGUUUGGGAAACGCUUCUGUGAGUUCAGAGAGGAAAAAAACACAUUAUCCUUUCCGGUCACUCCCUUAAGCAUCGAUCCUUCCCUACUGAAUAUGACUGCAUUGGCAGGUGUGAGUAAACCUGAUCUUGAGAUGGAACUGGCCGACAUAGCCGACAAAGACAUAUGGGUGUCCAAGUUUAGACGCUUGACAGCAGACCUUGAAGAUGUUGCCCGUCAGAAGGCCGUUCUUGCUCAGAAUCACAAAUGGAGUGAUAUUGAAAACCUCCCAAAACCGGACAAACUUGUGUUCGAAACAUGGAAUGCUAUGCCCGACAUUUAUGUAAACAUGAAAAAGUAUGCGCUUGGAGUCCUGUUGAUCUUUGGAUCCACAUAUGUAUGUGAGCAGGUGUUCUCCAACAUGAACUUUAUUAAAAAACAUCGCGCACGCCUCACAGAUGACAGCUUGCGAUCCUGUGUAAAGAUGAAGGUGACGUCAUACAGCCCUGAUGUGCAGACGCUGUGCGCUGAGGUCCAGGAGCAGAAAUCCCAUUAACCAAGCUGACAGCUGGCUGAUGUUAUUUUUGGUUUGCUGCUGGCGGAAAAUUUAAGUUCGGCGUUUUUCAUAAAUACAAGAAGGACUCAAAUAGACAUUGAGUAUUUUACUUAAAAGUAACCUUCAACCCAACGUCUUUUUUUCUGAGUUCAAAAUGUUUUUGUUGCAUGCAGAAAUGUAAUUUCGUUUUCUCUGCAGGAGUUCAUCAAUUUCAUAAAUGCAACACAUUAUAGUUUGUUUAUACAUAGCAUA